AUUGAUUAGACUUGUGUGUUUUCCUUUUCGUGAUUUUUUUUUAACGAUUACGCUUAAAUUCAUCAAGAAAGAAACUUUAAUCAUUAACAUACUUCAAAUUCAUAACAAACAUAAUUCGUAUUGUUUGGAUGAGUUUUCUUCUAUAAUUUUCUUGAUCUCCUAAUUUAGUAUAGCUCAAAUUGAAAAGAAAAACAUCAAGAUUAAAACACGUGCAAUUUCGAUUUUAUUCUUAUUGAAUCAAAGUUCUCCCCAAUUUUGUUGUGAAAUAAUUCGAAAAGAAACUACUGAGCCAUGUCGUUCAAACAGCUUCUUUGUCGUUUUUUCCAACAAGGAUCUUGUGCUUAUGGUGAUGGUUGUCUUUAUUCACAUAACCCUAACGAAGCUGUAUCAAUUCCUGAAGAUGUAUGCCUCUUUUUUCUUCGUUCGAAUUGCAUGUAUGGACACGAAUGUACAAGAAAGCAUCGUACCAUAGAAGAAAUCAUUACUCAACGUGAUGGUAACGAGGUUAUUCAACAAGCUAAAAAAGAUGAGGCCCAAUCUUCGAUUGAAGUAAUUCAGAAUGAAACAGCAGAUACGACCAAUGUCAAUACCGAUUCUUCAAACGAUUCAACUGUUGAUAAAUUAGCUUUUUCGUCAUUGACUUUAAACGAUGCAGUCGCAUCCACUAGCCACAAUACAUUAGUGUUGCCGGACAAUGCCACCAAUUCGAAUAAAUCUUAUGCAUCGGCGGCUCAAAAUGGUUUCGUGGAAAAUGAUACAAAUCGUGCAUCGCUACCUUUGUGCACGUUUUACCAAAACAAUGGGUUCUGUGUCUAUCAAAAUUGUCAAUCGAUUCAUGGUGAAUUGUGUGAUCUAUGUGGAUUUUGGUCUAUACAUCCACAUAAUAAACAACAAAGUGAUCUUCAUCGAUCGGAAUGUAUCAAGGAACAUGAAGAAUCAAUGGAAAUAUCUUUUGCUUAUGCACGAAGUAAAGAAUUAACCUGUGCCAUUUGUUUAGAUAUUGUUGUGGAAAAAGAACCUCGUGCACAACGUCGAUUUGGCAUUUUGGAAAAUUGUUCUCAUGUUUAUUGUAUCGAAUGUAUAAGAAAAUGGCGUAACGCACAAGAUAUGGACAAGCUGAAUAAGCGAAAUUGUCCACAAUGUCGAGUCAAGUCGGAUUUUAUCAUACCAAGUCAAUUUUUCUAUGAUGAUCCAACCCAGAAGGCAAAAUUAAUUGAAGACUAUAAGAAAGCUUUAGGAUCAAAACAUUGUAAAUAUUUCAAACGUGGCCGUGGAAAUUGUCCAUUUGAAGGUGCCUGUUUUUAUAAACAUCAAUAUGAGGAUGGUAGGAUUGCCCAAUUACCAGCUCCGUCAAAAAAUCGACGCCGUGCCACUCAGAUCAAUCUUAGACCAUUUAUUUUUCUUGAUGAAAUUAUUGAUUUUGAUGAUGAUUAUUUAUCAUCAUCGGAUCUUGAUUUUUUCGAUUUGGACGAUGACGACGAUGAUGAUGAUGUUUGGCAUUAUCAUUGUUGAUUUGGUAAAAAUAUACGAAUGGCAAUCAACUAAAUUUAACCAUUAUGAUAUCGUAAUCAAAUCGUUUCUUUCAUAAUCUCUUCAAUCCAUUCACGAUGGAUAAUGUUUGUCAUAAUUCUAAUAGUAGAAAUAAUCAUACCAUUGUUAUCCUCAUCAUAAGCACAGUUCAAUCAAAGCAAAUGGAGUUUAUUUUAAUUAGGAUUUAUCAUUUCAUUUUCUUGUUUCAUUUCGCGAUUUAAUUUCAUUCCUAAAUUAAAGCAUUAUUGUGAUAGUGUUCUUGAUGACGAGUGUUGAUACAACCUUACCUUACAUAAUCACUCACACCCAAACACACACAAAACAACACAUGCAAAAAUUCUAUUAAUUAGAGACCACCUCUAAUUUCCCCAAAAAAA